AUGGCGUCUCGCAAGGAAAUCAUCAACAAGAUCUACAAGAUCGUCCCUCCCAUGCUCGAGAGCUUCCACAAGGGUCAGCUCGGUCGUGUGGCCGUCAUUGGUGGUAGCGAGGAUUACACCGGUGCCCCCUACUUCUCUGGUAUGGCUUCUGCAAAGCUCGGUGCCGACAUGUCACACGUCAUCUGUGAGCCUGGCGCCGGCCAGGUCAUCAAGACAUAUUCUCCCAACCUGAUGGUUCACCCAUACAUGCGUCAAAGCAAGAACAUGCAAGAGGGCGAGACCAUUGACAGUGUCUCGAAGACUGUCACCGACAUGCUGUCCCGCCUCCACGUCGUUGUCAUUGGCCCUGGUCUUGGGCGUGAUGAGGCUAUGCAAGAGACUUGUGCUCGUGUCAUCCAAGAGGCUCGCAAGCAGGGAAUCCCGUUCAUCGUCGACGCUGAUGGUCUGUUCAUCAUCCAAAACAGACCUGAGCUGGUCGAGGGCUGCACAGAAUGUAUCCUCACACCCAACGUUGUCGAAUUCGGCCGUCUCGCAAAGUCAAAGGGCAUCGACGCCAGCGGCGACCCAACAAAACUGUGUGAAGAGUUGGCAAAGGCAUUUGGCGGUCCCACCAUCAUCCAAAAGGGAGCCAAGGACUACAUCUCCAACGGAAAGGUCACACUCGUCAACGACAACGAGGGCGGUCUCAAGCGCUCAGGAGGUCAAGGCGACACCCUCACCGGUUCCCUCGCCACCCUCAUGGCGUACAGGAAAGCCUACCACGACAAGAUCUGGGACCACGAGGACGACCUUUCAGAGUCCGAGACUCUUGCUCUCGUCGCUUUCGGUGGCAGUGCCAUCACCAGAGAGUGCUCGCGUCUCGCAUACAAGGAGAAGGGUCGUUCGCUGCAGGCCGGUGACUUGACCGAGCAUGUCCACACUGCUUUCCUCAACACUAUUGGCGAAAAGACGAAGAUCUGA